AUGUCCGCCGAACAGGAAGGAAGCGCUGCUCCCACCGAGCACCUGAACAUCAAGGUCACGGACAACAAUAACGAGGUCUUUUUCAAGAUCAAGCGUUCGACCCAGCUCAAGAAACUCAUGGAUGCAUUCUGCGAGCGUCAAGGGAAGCAAAUGUCCACCGUGCGAUUUCUUUUCGACGGCACUCGUGUGCGACCCGAGGACACACCAGACACCCUUGACAUGGCCGAUGGCGAUACCCUCGAGGUCCACCAAGAGCAGAUCGGAGGCGGAAACUGA